CCGGAUGUUUGACCCAGAACUUCACGCGCAGUGAAAGUGUAUCCCGAUGCAAGUUCAUUUUUUCCCAGUGGUCGCAAUGAGGCUGUACCUGAUACUGGGCCUGCUGUUCGCCGCCGCGAGCGCCGAGAAGAAGAUCAAUUUGGAGGACAUAGAGCGGGACAAUUUGAGGGCGGAAGGUAUAUCGAAGUCCGGGGUGGCACGGCCGGAGGCGACGAACUACUUGACGAAGCCCGAGAUUAGUCAGCAACAGUACCAACUGCCCGGCCAAUACAACAGGCCGCCUAAUGCACCUGUUGCAUACGCUGCGCCUCCGUCCGGUCAAAAUGUAAAGCGAUACGAUUUGCAAUAUUCUCGUGGGCCACCUCGGGCCGCUAUCACCGCGAACAUCUUUCCGCAGCCACCGGAGAGCUAUGACCAACCUGGCAGAUACGUCGCCAAGGAUCAGGUGUACCAGCAGCAACAGAAUACCGUGCUGCCGGAACAAUCCCCCCCACCGCCGCCGCCGCCACAAUAUUUCAUCGACUAUCAACAGCCAUCGGCGACGCCACCGAAAGAAGCCGCGCCGAACUACUACGAGCCGCAGCAACUGAUCUAUCAGCCGGAAGUGAUAGUCGGUAAUCAGAUGCAGACGGUGCAGCAGAAGACGGUGACAGCGAAGUACGCGCAAACUGGGAACAAAGAGACGGUAUACGUCGAUAUUCCCAUGAUGCACUUGCUGACCUAUUACCCAAAUUUGGACGUAAAUUCUGGUAAAACCAGAGGACUAUUGGUGCCCCAAUUGAGUACGGCUGGAUCGCAGCAGAUAUCUAUUCCUGUUUAUACGUCGGCGCUAAGCCAGAAACCGAUUGUUCCAGUGAAGCCGACUUAUCAGAUCCAGUACACACCGAAACACAAUGCCGACGUUCCGACCACUUUCACUGCCAAGCCACAAAAAAGCUCCGUUUACGCUUCUCCCGUUACCCCGAAGAAGUACACCAGUGCCCCGUUAGUGAACGCGGCAGCGUACGUCCAGCCGGACCAAUCGUACGCCCAGGGCAGACAGUUUUUGUACACGCAAGCAUACGUUGCCCAAUCCCAGCCGCAAUACGUUUCUCAAUUGGUCUACGCACAACCGGCCGCUGUUUAUAUGCACGCGACACCUGUGUACAGUGACGUGUACGCUCGAACGCCUGCCUAUGCGCAGGACAACGGCGAGCAAGGUAACGUUAAGUACAGCGAGCCACCUGAGCAAUCGGAGACCGCAACAGAACCGCUAGCUGACGAACUGCCCAAUCAGGUCUUGGCCCAGCAAGCUAGCCAGAGCGUGUCUCAGAAUUACGUCAAGGAUCCCGAAGAACCGAACGAAAACUUGGUGCCACCCCAGUUGCCCGCGCAAGAGUUCAAGACCGGCGUGACGUCGUUGCUGCCGGUUCCAUCGCAGGAGGACGAGUCCGUUCCGGUCCAAAAUCACGUGGGUCCCUCGGAGCCGAGAUCUCUGCUGGAUUCGUACGUUCCUAGCAAGCUAAUUGCGGCCCAGGAUUCAGCGAGAUACGAGGAGAGGCCGAUCAAAUUGGAGAGCGGCUUCCUCCCGUCGAAAGAGAAUUUUCUGUACAAGAAGCUGAAGACCGUCGAGUGACCGGAUCGCGCGGCAGGAUUGUCCAGUGAAAAUGGUCAGUAAAGGAGUGGUCGCGCUCGGUGUCGUUGUCAACUCUCGGCAUUCAAAAUGGCAGCCGGUGACACCGUGGACGCCUAUGGGCGCGAUCGUAUCUAGUCUUUCACCGAGGACCGUCGAACGACAAGCGUGGAACGAAUGGAACAAAUGUCUCGCCUAAACAAA